GGUCGGAUCGUUUUAUUUCCCUGUCGGCCUGUUUCUUCCGGCGCGGGAGAGGCCAAUCUCUCUUGGUGUUUCGGCUCCAGAUUAUGUAAGGAUCGACGAAAAUUCUGGCACCGAAACGCAAGACGGUUAACCCUCCUCUCAGAUGUACGCUCGAGAGUGAAAGCGUAAGCAUCGUUCGUUGUGCACGGCUGUUGUGUUGCUCGAGAUCGCGUUCCUCCUGUGCCUCUGAACCGUGAACUUCGUGAAUGCAACGAUUAUUGGGUGUCGAUACCAGAAAUGUCAUCGUCCGUCGGAGUUUCUGUCGCAUUGAUACUCCUCCUGUCCGCAACAGUGAUAAGCCUGGAAUUUGAGGAUUAUUUUAAGGAUUGCCAUCCGAACGUGGCCGGUUUCGAUGGAUGCAUACGAGAAGCGCUAAACGCGAUUCGACCAUAUUUUAAAACUGGUCUCCCGAAGUAUAAUGUAGAGCCUUUCGACCCGUUCUUCGCCAAAGAGAUAUCCGCUUCGAGAGGCAUGCCGAAUUUCGGAUUUACCUUAACUCUGAGGAACGUCACCGAGAGCGGAUGGAGUUCUAGUAAAGUGACAAAGUUCGUCAGCGACUUGUCGAACUACAAGGUUGUAUACACGCAAAGCUUCCCAGCUAAAUUCUUGUCAGGUUUAUACGAGUUCAAAGCGAAGGUGUUCAGCUCCAGCGUGGCGAACAAAGGGAAAUUCACGUUGGCUCUUUACGACCUGAUGCAAACGACCACGAUCACCAAGAGGCCCGGGGAAAAGGUCGAGGUGAACGUCGACGUGCAGACGAUCAAAGAUCUGAAGCUUCACAUAACGAAUUUAUUGUCCGGUAAACAAGUCCUCGAGAGCAUCCUCGACAGAAUAAUUAACGGCGCUUGGCAGCCAGGAUUCGUGGUCACCAGACGUUUCAUCAGCGAGCUAGUCUCCACUGCGUUCACGGAAAUUUUCGGCAAAGCCUUCAACGAUUUCCCGUUUGAGAAAAUCAUCAAACCGAAACCGUUCAGUCAAUACUACGAGAGAUAAAUCUAGUUUGAUCGAUAAAACAAUUUAAAUAAUUUUAUACGUGCUUCUUUUUAAAAUACAUAAAUCAGAGAAAUAUUUAAAUUAAUACGAAAUCAGCCGCGAUGGACAGAUACAAAUUGAGACAGAAAUGGAAAGAAACUGGACGUUGUUUAUGCAUGUACGCUUUUUGCAAUGGGAAUGACUCGGAGAAUCGAAGGAACUUUCAAGAAUUUCAAAUCGCUUUACACAUACUUUCCUUCUACGCAUCUGGUGUUUGAAGGCUAAUUAAUUGCCCUGGGAAUAUAUUUCUCAUUUAUUAUCCGAGAACGUUGCAUCACGCAGAUAAAUUUUUCAUUUACAUAGCCUAUUAAAAAUAUUCUUGCCUCGUAACGAGUUCACGUUUGAUAUCUUCAAGUUUCUCGAGCUCCAUGCUUUUGUUAUAGUGAUUAAUUAUGUACUAUUGCAAGAAUAGAUGAAAUAGGACAAACGAAUCAUUCAGCAUCUAUUUACUAUUUUUAAACAUGUAUAUAUUGUUACUUGACAUUUAUUUUGUACAUGAGUACUUCGUUAUACACAAU